AUGUAUAACAGUUUCAUUGUUAUAGAGGAGUUGAUCUCGCGUUGCCGAAGUCGCAGCGUUUCUUCAAAAAUUAUAGAUGCCACUUGGAAUCGUUACUAUAAUAUUGUUUGCAAAAUAUCAUCGCUCACUGGUGUAUGGCCGUUUUUAAAACCAAGAACAAGAGUAUUCCGCGUUACUCUACUGACAAUAACUAUUUUAACUCUUUUUAUCCCUCAGAUAGCAUAUCAAUUUACAUGCAAGAAAGAUAUACACUGUACUUUCGAGGCAAGUACGUCGUAUCUGCUGACAGUGGUGGCUGUGUUAAAAGUAUACACAUUCCAAUUAAACAUUAGUACAAUUAAAAAUCUUACCCGACACCUGUUCGUUGAUUGGAAAGAAAUUGGAAGUUUCGAAGAGUACGAGAUAAUGAAGUCGUAUGCUCAGAAUAGUCGACGACUUUGUCUGAUAUAUUCGGUAUAUUGUUCAAUGGCGGUAUUUACGUUUAUGUCAGUGUCCCUUACACCGUUCGUACUCGAUAUCCUAUCGCCCCUCAAUCAAUCCCGUCCGGUGCUACCGCCAUAUCCGGGAUACUAUUUCGUGGACAUUCGCGAAUAUUUCUUUCCAAUUUUCUGGCACUCUCUCGUGGCUUGGCAGAUUCUUAUGACCGGCAUAAUCGCCCACGAUUGCUUGUAUGUCACUUACGUCGAGCAUAUUUGCAGCAUGUUCGCCGUGAUUGGAUUUCGUUUCGAGCGUUUAUUCCAAAAUUGCGAUAGCCCAAUAAAGAUCGUUGAUAUGAACGAUAUGUAUCGCAAGAAAGUUGCGUUUAUCGUGAAUACGCAUCGAGAAUCUUUAAAAUUCGUGGAACUUCUAGAAGAUACCUUCAAUAUACCAUUUGCCAUACAAAUGUUAAUAGUAACAGUAGGAAUGAGCGUUACUUUGUUACAAAUCUCACAGCAGAACAGCGAUAUACUGGACUCGAUAAGAUACAUAUUAUACGUCAUUGGUCAACUGAUCCAUUUAUUCUUCCUCAGUUUCGAGGGACAAAAAGUGAUAGAUCACAGUCUGCAGACACGCGAUAAGAUAUACAAUAGCGCUUGGUACAAAGCAUCUAUAAAAUCGCAAAAGCUAAGCAUGCUGGUGAUGAUGAGAUGUUAUCGGCCAAGCUUUUUAAGCGCCGGCAAAAUUUUUAUUUUUUCUUUGGAAAAUUUCACCGCGGUUCUGCAAACUUCGAUGUCAUACUUCACGGUGCUCGCGUCCUUUCAUAUGGAUGCUACUCGGAAUCAUUAUUAUAAUAUCGUUUACAAAAUAUCAUCAUUUGUUGGCAUUUGGCCGUUCUUAAAACCAGCGACAAGAAUACUUCGCGUUACUAUACUGACAAUAGCUAUUUUAACUAUUUUCAUCCCUCAGGUAGCGUAUCAAUUUACAUGCAAGAAAGACCUGCGUUGUAUAUUUGAAGGGAGUACGUCGUAUCUGCUGACGAUGAUGGCUACGAUAAAGGUUUAUACAUUCCAAUUAAACGUUAGCACAAUUAAAAAUCUUACCCGACACCUGUUCGUCGAUUGGAAAGAAAUCGGAAGUCCCGAAGAGUACGAGAUAAUGAAGUCGUAUGCUCAGAAUGGUCGACGACUUUGUCUGAUAUAUUCGGUAUAUUGUUCAAUGGCGGUAUUUACGUUUAUGUCAGUGUCCCUUAUACCGUUCGUACUCGAUAUCCUAUCGCCCCUCAAUCAAUCCCGUCCGGUGCUACCGCCGUAUCCGGGAUACUAUUUCGUGGACAUUCGCGAAUAUUUCUUGCAAAUUUUCUGGCACUCUCUCGUGGCCUGGCACAUUAUUAUGACCGGCCUAAUCGCCCACGAUUGCUUGUACGUGACUUACGUCGAGCACAUUUGCAGCAUGUUCGCCGUAAUUGGAUUUCGUUUCGAGCGAUUAUUUCAUUAUUGCGAUGGACCAAUAGAAUUCGUUGAUAUGAACGAUACAUAUCGCAAGAAAGUUGCGUUUAUCGUGCGUACGCAUCGAAAAUCCUUAAAAUUAGUGGAACUUCUAGAAAAUACCUUCAAUAUACCUUUUGCCGCACAAAUGUUGAUAGUAACAGUAGGAAUGAGCGCCACCUUGUUACAAAUUUCACAGCAGGACAGUGAUUUGCUGGAAUUGAUAAGAUAUGUGUUUUACGUCAUUGGUCAACUGAUCCAUUUAUUCUUUCUCAGUUUCGAGGGACAAAAACUGAUAGAUCACAGUCUUCAGACACGCGAUAAGAUAUAUAAUAGCGCUUGGUACGUAACAUCUAUAAAAUCGCAAAAGCUAAUCAUACUGGUGAUGAUGAAAUGUCUGCGGCCAUGCUUUUUAAGCGCGGGCAAAGUUUACAUUCUUUCUCUGGAGAGUUUCACCGCGGCUUUACAAACUUCGAUGUCCUACUUCACGGUGCUCGCGUCUUUUCAGUAACUUGCGAUAUCUCUGCAUCCCACAAAUAACU